UUUGAGAUCUAACCUAUUUGACAUCGUAAUUAAUCGUAAUGUAUGUCCACGUAUCGUGGGCAGGCUAUUGUUGGCUUCUCUCUGGUGAUAAUUAUAUAAUUUCGUCCUAGACAUUUUUCGAAUGAACCACAGCUUCGCUGGCAUCACUGUUAUCUUGACGUAAGAGCUCGCGCUCUCGUUUUACUGCGUUUUACUUCUUGGUUCUGACAAAAUAAUUUGGUUAUCUCGUGAUUCUGUCUCGGAACCUGCUCGAAAAUGCUACAAACAUUGAAAAAUGUUACGUUUGUAGCUCUACUGAUGCAGUUAAAUAUUAAUUUUUAUACUGAUUUUUGGGGAGGACUGACAGCUAUAUCUCCAAUCCAAGGUCCAUAUCCUAGAAUACCAGACAGGGACAAACUGAAGAGAGAAAUUGCAUUUGCAGAGGAGUGCAGGCAAUAUAUUAAAGCACCUAAAGCAACCGUUAAUUAAGGGAACUUUGUUAAUUUACAGUGAAUAUGUAUGUGUUUUUCCUGCAUGGAAAAAUGUAGCAAUAAAUAAAUGUUAUUAACUUAUGA